AUGAUGACCGCAACAUUCUUCAGACGUUCACGCGUACAUUUUGUGGGAAAGAAAUUGCAGAGCCUUGUCGCCUUUGGUUUGCGAGACGAGUACUCGCCCUUGUGGCCCGUUCCUCUUCCACCACAACCGCCACAUUUUGCAGGGAAGCCCACGCUUGUGCUGGACAUUGACGAAACACUUUUGCACACGUACGGGAUGCGGUUGGUGAGGGAGGACACAGUGGGAUUUUCCCUGUACCUCCGCCCACAUGCACGUGAGUUUCUUCAGGAAUUGAAGGAGUUGUAUGAAAUUGUCUUUUGGACCGCAGGUACGGCGUCUUACUGCUCCGCCAUGGUGGACGCAUUGGAGGUGCAAGUCCUGCAGCUGCCACGCUCGUUUUACAACGUGGAGGAGAUCAAACAUCUCGUGCGUGGGUCCCCGUCGACGGAACAUGUCAACUUCUUUGCAUUAUCCCGCACGCAAACACUGGAGGAGAACAGCUACAUGAAAUAUUUGCCCAUGUUGGGUCGUCCCAUGCAUCGUGUCAUCAUGGUCGAUGAUAAUGUGCGCAGUUUUCCCCUGAACCCAAGGAAUGCUGUGAAGAUUUCCCCUUUUCUUCCCGAUGACCGUGUGCUGAUGGAGUACAGCCAGGCGUUGUCACUGAUGAAAGAAAACGGCGACGAGAAGAAGGAAUGGGACGCGUCCCUUUUAGAAGUUAUUAAUCGUGGAAAAGCGGAGAUUCUCCGCUUGGAACAGGAUGAGGCGCUGCUUCAACUCCUUCCACUGUUGCGAAGCGUGGCCAAAGCGGAGGAUCUUCCGCGUGAACUUGACCACUGGCGUGACGACGACUACGUGCGGUGCGACGACUUCCACGAGACGAUGAAUUCGCGCUCUGUUGCACGCCAACGCAUAUUAGGAUCAGUGCUGCCAUCACGUCGUGACACACCGAUUCCACCUCUGAAGACUCAUGUCAUGAAUCGUUGCUUCCUGGAUGAAGCGAAUAUCGCCAUGCAAACUCAACACAUGAGGUGUAUUCGUUCCAGACUAUAA